AUGGGCCACUGGGUCGAGAAGCACUUGCCCAGAGAAGCCCAGGCCCCAGCAGCUGGGGAGUUCCUAAAUCCUCUCCUAAGCUACGUGUCUCUGCCUUCUCAAACCACCAUCCCGCAAUCAGCCAUAGAUCAGGUAAUGCAGUUUGUUGAGCCAAGUCGGCAGUUUGUGAAGGACUCAAUUCGGCUGGUUAAGAGAUGCACCAAACCCGAUAGAAAAGAAUUCCAGAAGAUUGCCAUGGCCACAGCCAUAGGAUUUGCUAUCAUGGGAUUCAUUGGCUUCUUUGUGAAACUGAUCCACAUCCCUAUUAAUAACAUUAUUGUGGGUGGCUGAGUGCUUUCUCUUCGUGGGAACUAGUGAACAAAUGAGAGUGUGAGCUCAUGAAGUAAAAAGUUGCCUGUA